AACAAACCAUCCUUGCGUUUCUAACCUCCCAAACGCCUUUUUUUUCCAUUGCCAUUUUCUCUCUAGAAAAAAAUGAAGGCAUCAAUGGCGAUGAGAUCCGUACGAUCGGCGUUGAGGAGUGGCUCUUCUUCUUCGCCUUCUCAUUUCCUUCGCCGUUGCUACUGCUCAGAGUCAGUUCCUGAACGAAAGGUAGCCAUUCUCGGUGCCGCCGGCGGAAUCGGCCAGCCUCUUGCACUGCUUAUGAAGAUCAACCCUCUGGUCUCCAAUCUCGCACUCUACGAUAUCGCUGGAACUCCCGGUGUCGCCGCCGACGUCAGCCACGUCAACACCAUAUCUCAGGUUGCUGGAUUCAUGGGUGAAGAUCAGCUAGGAAAAGCUCUAGAGGGAUCGGACGUGGUCAUAAUUCCGGCUGGUGUCCCGAGAAAGCCGGGUAUGACUCGUGAUGAUCUCUUUAACAUCAAUGCCGGCAUUGUUAAAUCUCUUUGCAUUGCUAUCGCCAAGUAUUGCCCGAAUGCUCUUGUUAACGUGAUAAGCAAUCCCGUGAACUCAACGGUGCCAAUUGCUGCUGAAGUUUUUAAGAAAGCAGGGACUUUUGAUGAGAAGAAACUUUUUGGUGUGACCACACUUGAUGUGGUUAGGGCUAAGACUUUCUAUGCUGCAAAGGCAAAAGUACCAGUUUCAGAGGUUAAUGUACCCGUUGUUGGCGGCCAUGCUGGCAUAACCAUUCUGCCUCUAUUUUCUCAAACCACUCCAAAAUCCAAUAAUUUGUCGGAUGAAGAUAUUCAAGCUCUUACAAAGCGAACGCAAGAUGGGGGGACAGAAGUUGUGGAAGCAAAGGCUGGAAAGGGCUCUGCAACUUUAUCAAUGGCCUAUGCAGGAGCCAUUUUUGCUGAUGCUUGCCUGAAGGGACUCAAUGGGGUUCCAGAGGUUGUGGAAUGUUCAUAUGUGCAAUCAAGCAUCACUGAACUACCCUUCUUUUCUUCUAAGGUAAGACUUGGGAAGAAUGGCGUGGAGGAAGUGUUGGGAUUGGGGCCGCUCUCUGACUAUGAAAAGGAAGGUUUGGAAAAGCUCAAGCCAGAACUCAAAGCCUCUAUUGAGAAGGGAAUCAAGUUUGCUGCCCAAAGUUAAUCAGAAAAUACAUCACAAUUUGCAGAUUUUAUUUAUUUAUUUUUCAGCAUCAAAACCACAGUAGCUUCCUCGUUUUUUUUUCUCAUGGAGAGUAGGGCUUUUGAUUUAGAUAAACACAUUUUGCAGAAAUAAAAAUAAUUUGUGGUGGCAUGAUGAUACUCAUUCUUUGCCUCCGAUAAAGAAAGGGGUUAGUUUAUAUACAUAUUUUUUUUGUAAUUGAAGUA